AUGGAGCCGACGUUUCAGUUCUACUUCGAGGACAUCGAUAUUAUGCUGGCGAACGUGAAACGGAGACUGAUGCUGCAAGACGAGACUGCACAGAUUACGUGCGUCGAGCGAAUAUCUAACCUAUUUAAAAGUGGUGGCGCUGCAGGCAGCGAGGAGGUUCUUUCGAAGCUGAUAAAGUACGAUGUGCUGUCGACGGUUUUCGAAAUUAUUCACACUCCCAGCGAUCGUCUUCUCCCUUGUAUUCUCGACUUUUUGAGCUUGAUAAGCGCCCAUCAAAAGUUUUACGAACAACACGUGGUCAUGGAUGCCAUGGACGCCAUCUUGAAAGUCGCAAUUUGCGUUUUCAAAUCUCGGUGCAAGGAGACGCAAUUAUUAGAGAAACUAAUUCAAGCCAUUCACAAUAUAGUAUGCAGAGCAGUAGAAUUUAACGUGGAACUGAACGCGGUUUGCGUUCCACGGCAAAUUCUGUGCCUCCUGAAGUCUUUGAUUUUGGACGAUAAGUUGGACAAGAAAUUAAAAUUUCCCGCUGUUGCAGUGCUGAAUGUCGUUCUGGAAAACGUGGACGUAGACGAGUUGGAAGACAGCGCAUUCGAAAUUUGUCACAAAGCUCUUAGCUUAAUGAAAGAUAUUGUCGAGUACAGCGACGACGAUGCCUCGAUUACGCUUGCUGCAAACGCACUGUGUGCUGUUUGUGCUUCCGGUGCUCGGUUGUGUAAAGUAGACAGCAACGUCCGCGGAAUUUUCGACAAAGUUCAGGAAAGCAGAGCAUCCUUAACGAAGAUGAUCUACCAGGCGACGAUGAAUACUCUGAUACCUUACGUUAAAAACACGGAACCGAACGAAACGGACGGGGUCAGAUUCCACGCGAGCUUCGUGACUUGUCUGAACAGCCUUUACAAGCUGGCCAACUGCAGCCACGACAACUUGUCAAACCACUUGACCGCCAACGGAUAUCUGAAGUACUUCUUGCUUUUAACCGCCAGGCUUCCAGAAAAUUUGCGCCGCAGCACUUGCGCGCUUCUGUCGCGAAUUAUAACCACUCUCGGCGAUAAAUCACUGUCGAUUGGCCAGUGGCCCGGGGGCACGACAGGCUUCGAGAAUUUAAUGCACCGCGGACUGCUCGACUUGCCAAGAGACUCUCAACGGUGGGACAACGUCGUGGCUCAUCGAGGAAACAGUGCGAUCGCUCUGAUGGUGUUAAUUUAUUAUCAUUACCAUGGCACCAGAGAGAACAUGAUAUGUCUGAGGUCUCUGAUCUCGGGGAUCGUCGGUAUCCCCAAGUCUGAGCAGAUUUCGGAGCAACUCCUGAAGGUUCUGUGGUUUCUGUUCGCCGUUGCGUCUGUGUCGCAUCCUUCUCCGAACUCGGAACAGGAUUACAGCAGAGCAGCGACGCGAUUGGCUGUCGCGUUGCAAUACUCGCGAUUGAACGAUUGUUACACCCACCACAUAGACCUGCUUCGCUAUUGCUUAAAGUGUCCCGACGUUCCCAGGGAUCUCAGGAACAAAGCGUUGGAUCUCUGGCUGGUGGAGUCCGACGGGGACAUCGAACCAUUGUUGACGUUGGAUUGCGAUCAAGUCGUUCGACAUUAUUUAUUGCUUGUCAUACAGAAUGGUUACUCGGAGAGGAUCAUCAACUUAGCCAUGAAGGGAAUUCGCGAGAUGAUACGCGUCGAUAACGCCAAGGAGAUCGCUGAAAUUGCUUGGCAUAUGCUACCCACUCUCCUUUCCACCCACCGUCAGGACAAAGACGAGCAAAUCAAGGCGGUGCUGGAAUUGACAAACAUUUUUAUUCCGAACUGUCUGUCCCCGAGCGUAAGGAAUCGUUGCGCCGACAGCCUCGUGGCCAUCGUGCUGAGAAGAGACGCGGACUUAAAAUUGAGGACGCUGGCAGUGAUGCAGUCGUACGUCCUGAUGGUCACGUCCGCGACGUUCAAACCGUUCACAAUUUUCGAGAGGUGUAUCGCGACACCGAAUUUCUUGGAGGAGCUGCUCGUCCAAGGAUUCUCCGAGGACACCCCGGAACUGUCGGCAGUAUGUCUGAAGCUGAUCGCGUUUAUUAUUCACUGCCAGGAAAAAUCCUCUGUCAAACGCGACAAGUCGCUGACGAUCGACGCUCAGAGCUUAGCAGACUUGCUGUUCAACGCGAGAAAAUCUCUUCACUGUUCCAUCAAUGGGAUGCAGCUCGCGCUGGAACUUCUCACGCAGAAUAUCGAAGAGCCAGCCAUCAGGUUGGAGAUCACGAAUAGCAGCGAUCGCGCGAAUGGAGUUGUCAAUCUCUACGAAACUCUGCACAUGAUGCAUGGAAAAAGCGACCCAAUGCAAAGGGAUCUCGUGUACCAGUGUCUCGAAGGCGUGAUAACUUUCUGUCACAAGCACGUAGAGUUCUUAUUGUGCCACGUGUGCACGUCGAUGAGCAACGAUGGACUGGUGGCGAGCAUUCUGGCCACCCCCUUGGUGUCCUGCCACUUCCUGGAGUUCGUCUCGACCUGGCUUCGCUGCAGACGAAGAUACUGCAACGACGAAGCGCCCUGGAACGAGAGAUCCCUUCGCAAGACGCCCUUCGAAGAGACUGUGGACCGAAUCAGGAAGUACGUCGACGCCACGAGGAACUCCAGGACGGACGCUGGGUUCAACAGUCUUCUCUACGCGGUGGGUCCUCCCUUUUGA